AUGGCAAAGUACUAUCUCGAAAAUACCCAGUAUUUCGUUAGAAGAAUGGCUGUUAUCAAAAUCUUACUGGUUGGUGAUAUUGGUACCGGAAAGGACAGCUAUGUCAGGAUUCUAAUCGGUAAAAGUUAUGUCAUUCUUCGAGAUGAGAAAAGAUCUAAGCGAACGUCCAAGACGAGAAAAGCUAAUACUAUCUCCAUUUCUAUAACAAUUGAUCGAAACACGUCACUUGAUGUUGAUAUUCUCAAAAUUCCUGGUUGUAUGCGUGGAAAUAGCGUCAUAAAACAAAAUAUAGAGAACGCAGACGGUUGUAUGGUAAUGUUCGACAUUACCCGACCAACUACAUACGAUAGUGUAAUAGGUUGGACCUCAGACAUACGAAACAUGAAUGAUUCUCGUGAUAUGCCAUUUUUUCUACUAGGAAACAAGUUUGACUUGGAAAAGCACGAAGAUAUAAAUCUUAAUCCAAACUUUAUGGCUGAAUAUUGUGAUGCCAACCAGUUUUCCCACUGGUUUCGCACAUCUUCCACAGAUGACUUAAACAUCUAUGAAUCAAUAUGGUAUCUCUGUAACAAAAUUAUUAAAAUCAGACAGUCUUUAGCGAUAAUCCACCUAUCUUCUCCAAUACUCAACGAGCAGAAAAGGAAACGUCUUAUGAAGUUUGUCGUGAUUGGUGCAUGUGGCACUGGAAAGACAUCGAUCAUACGGCGCUUUGUGGACAAUUCUUUCAAAGAAUCCUAUCGAGCAACUUCAGGAAUAGAUUGCCUUGCGAAAACUAUACGUGAGAAAGAUAUACCAAUCGACCUUCACAUUUGGGACGUGUCCGGUAGAGAGCUGUUUUAUAAUUUCACGCAUUUGUUCUACAAAGAUGCUGAUGCAUUUUUGAUAGUGUUUGAUGUGAAUAAACCGUCAACUUUGGAAAAUGAUGCGCUGAAAUGGAAGUUGGAUUUGGAUAGAAAAGUCAAGUCUGUCGAGGAUAAACGAAUACCCUGCUUUCUGAUUGGCAAUAAGUACGACCCUUCGAAAAGAGAAAUUCUUACAGAUGGCGAUUCAAUGAAAAAGUUCUGCCGUUCUCAUGAGUUUAGUCAAUAUUUGAAUGUCUCAGCAAGAGCCAACUCGAAUAUUGACAACGCUUUCUCACGUAUUUUGACAGUCGCAAUCGCAUGCCACAACGUUGAACAAGAAGUGGGUCGUGAGCAGUCACAACAACACGAAUGA